GGAACUUUCAGGAACAGACGUGAUUCAGCGGAACCGUGCUUGUUCAUCAGAAACGUGCGUAAACUUGCGUUUGAGCAAUCGACUGCACAUUCACUCUGUGUAUACACAAAGGAUUUGGUCGCAAGCAUCUCGUUUGAAAGGAAAAUUUAGUGCGAAUACCACGGAGCACGUAUUAUAAGGAAGAUGCCAGACAACACACGACGCGAGCCACACGCGGCCAAGGAAGAAGCAGCGGCGGAGCAGAAGUCAGGCCAGCCCAAAGACAUCACGCCGCUCGUAUGCAGCCUAAUCGACAAGCUGACGGUGAAGGCCGAUAGUAAGCUGCAUGACGUGGGCAUCACCUUGCCGGCCAAUGGGAACCAGCCGGAACGGUUCGUCUCGCUGAACGAUCUGCUGCGGGAGUACAAAACGAUCGAGGACCUGCAGCGCCUGCACGAAAUCGCCGUCGACGAUGAGUUCAAGCUGACGCAGGCGAAGAGCAACGAUCCGCUGUACGAGAUGAUCGCGCAGACGAUGCACAACGCGUUUUGGGACUUGAUGCGCGAGGAGUUGGCGCAAGAUCCGCCGCAAAAGGAGCGCGCCAUCAAUUUGCUGAUCGACAUCCGUAAAGCGUUCCGCGCGCUGUUGGAGGGUAACAACGACGGCGCUUUGCGCCAAGUCGAGGCCCUUCUGGACCCGGCGAAGGUCCACCUGGCGAUCGAGCAUGAUGUGAACGCGGUGGGCUUGUACACCAAGUUCAUCAUCGACUUGAUGGGCAAGGCGUGCUCGAAGGCGCGCGACGAGAUGGUGAAGGAGCUGGAGAAGAAAACCGACCUGGUCGAUCGGCUGCGCGGCAUCAUGGAGUUGCUCGAGCUGAUGCAGCUCGACAUGGCCAACUUCGAGCUCAGCGAGGCUCGCGGAGAGGUGGUGAAGCACUCGAUCGAGUACGAGCGGGCAAAGUUCUACGAGCUGCUCCAGCAGUCGCAUCCCAUCAGCUGCCCAGCAACGGAGGACUGGCUGCGUCGUGCCUACCGACGCUACAUGUCAUUCAAUGCCCCGUUGCCCAUGCGCAUGAAGAAGAUAGCCGACGCCAACGACGACGACGACGCCGCCGCCGCCGCCGGGCCAUCAACGGCACGCCAGGAGCCUGCUCUCAACGUUAUGGCGGUGAUGAACUACGCCUACGGCGAACUGUUCUCUCCGGAACCGGAAGUAAUGAUCCCGGAGGUGUUCAAUCUCGACGUUGAGCGCGUGAAGCGGAUGCGAUCGGAGAUGCUUCGCCUCGCCGUUUGCGCCGCCACGGUCUACAUCGCUUCCCAGGGUGAAGUUCCGCUCCCGGAGGAGCAGCGGCAGCAGCUGGCCGACCAGGUGAUGAUACUGGCUAAGGACUGCUCGACCGUCGCCGCCAUGAAGGAGCAGCUGGAGAGCCUGUGGGUCCAGGUGCGCCCCACGCUGUCCGCGCGCGUCACCGCCGAGCAGGAGGUGGCACUGAAGGCCGAAAUUCUCAAGCUAGCGGGCGAUCGCUCGCAAGUCUACGUUUUUCUCCUGUCCAAGAUUGCAUACUAUCUGGCCACGGUAACUGACUCGCCGGACGGUGGCGCCGCUAUCCCCGUCACCUUCAAGUAUUAUGCCACCGAGCUCGCCAAGCUGGGCAAGGCCUACCGAAAGCUCAUUCGCCAUAAUCGUGCCGUCCACGGCGACUUUUACAAGCAGAUCUUCGCCAAGCUGAGUAAGGAGAAAAAUUAAUUCAAUUAGUUUUUCAUUCCCCACUUUUCAUUUUUUUCACUCUCUACUAACAUUCAUUCAAUAUGUAUACUGGUCUGCGAUUGAGGCGAAAGGAUUUAUGAAUUUUUCCCCCCACCUUAUAUUAGCCCGAUGUUUGUCAUUAUCAUUAAUAUAUUUAGUCUUUUCAUUACACUUACCAUCGAAACGGGGGAGGCCCGCGGCCACUCAAUAGUUUCCACAGCGCUGUGCGUUCUGCCAAUGUGCUAAUAAGAUACUAGAUACUACGAACUCUUAGCCGCAAAUCGGCUACAAGAAGAUGAAUUGCGCGAAAGAGCGUGCCAAAGAAACCCACGCGACCAUAAAAAAAAGAA